GGUGCUUUGAGAAAAAUGCCCUUUUUGAGAUGUCCAAGUCCAGAGGUGUCCCGAGAAGAGAGAGAGGUCAUUAUUAGUUCCGAUCAAAUGGAGCGAAGGGUGCUAGAAGCAGCUCGAAAGGGCAAUAUCCAUGAGCUGAAUGACUUGAUCAACAGCAAUGAGCAAAUCCUCGAGGAGAUGGCUCUAGAAGGAGCCGGCCACACACCGCUGCAUGUCGCUUGUGUGGGCGGCCAUUUGGAUUUCGUCCGAGAGCUCCUGAAGCAUAUGCCAAAGCUUGCGGAAAAAGUGGACCCGCGUGGUUUCAGCCCACUGCACAUCGCGGCAGCUCGUGGUGAUGUUGAGAUCGCGGAGGAGCUCUUGAAAGUGGGUACACACCUGUGCUCCAUGGAGGGACGGGAGAGAAGAAUCCCUUUGCAUUAUGCCGUCAUCCACGGGGAGGUCGAUGUCAUGAAGAUACUGCUAUCCACUUCACCUGAGUCUGUUGAAAAGACAACUGCCCGGAAGGAGACCGCACUUCACCUCGCCGUGAAGAACAACCGAUUUAAAGUGCUGGUUCAGUUGGUGGAGCAUCUGAAGCAGCACAAGAAGGAGCACGUGAUCAAUUUGAAGGACCACAAAGACAACACUGCCUUGCAUCUCGCUGCCACUAGCAAAAAUUUCGAGGUGGUCGACUUCCUGCUUCGUGGGCAUGCUCUGGAGUACGAGGUCGUGGAGGUGAACGCCCCGAACGAGAGUGGCUUGACGCCACUAGAUGUCUCAACUCCCUUGCGAAGGGGAGCACGAGACAGAGAGAUCAGAGAAAUUCUCGUACGAGCGGGAGCCAAACACGGAGCUUCAAGACCAGUCUCGGGGGACGACGAUGAUAUCGAGGCAGGUAACGGUCAUCAAUCAGAUGGGGAACCAGGGACAAAUGCUUCUCAAUCAUUACUAGGUUCGACAUCGAAAAAAUCAAACAACGAUGGUGGAAAGUCGGACUGGACUCAAGAAGCCUUGCUGGUUGUUGCCGGGCUCAUCGCCAACGCGACCUACCAAUCCGUGCUUCAGCCUCCAAGCGUUGUACAAGAUAACAAGGCCGAUAGUACUUCCGGGGCACCCCAGAACAUUCCUCCCCCCCUUCCCCCUCCACCCGGGACCAAGGAGAAUAUAACUUAUGGUGCAGGCUUGGUGUACAUCAUUUUCCUGGGAGGCAACACAUUUGGAUUCUUGGUGUCGAUCCAGAUAAUCAUUUGCCUCACCAAAAUGAUCCAAGGAAAAAAGAACCCACAAGACAAAAAGAACCAAGAAGACGAAAAUAUCCAAAAGAACCGAGAACGGUACUUCUUCAGGCUGAUUAUGGUAUCUAUGAUCGCAAUGGUUCUAACUUACUUUUGCUUCACGUUAUCCCUGCUGAUCACAUCAACAGGUGGUGCGGUAGCCACUGUCCUGCACGUGUUGCCUCUUAUGAUAGCAGUUUUUCUUCUACUAAUACAAAAGGGGCUGGUGAAAAUUUUAGAAAUUUUAGAAAUUUUCUUGAAACGCUGUUUCUAUUCUUGAGCUGUUUGUGCAAUAGUAACUAGGACUAAAGUCUUGGUUGUCAAUGAUGGUGGUAUUUCUCUUUCCUUGGGGUUGAGCUAAGACAUGCGAGCCUUUAGAAGCAUAGAAUUGGAGUUUGUUUGAUGAGGUCAGGUAUUAGAUUGAUGUCCCUGAUUCUCUGUAGUUGAGUGUGCAAUGUUUGCAAGUGAGCCACUGUAUUAUAUCUCCCUAAUAAAUUGUGUUAUGAGUUUAUAUGACUUUUGUAACUUCAUGAAUAAUGGUCGAGAUUUUGAGA